UCAGGACUGUGAUGCACUCCCAUUGUUUUCCCCGGUGACACAUCCUUUACACCUUUCUACGUUUACUACAUGUGCUGAUUUCGUGCUGUUGAGCCAUGGGGUGCUGUUGGGGUAGUUGCAAAGAAGACAGCGCGUCUCAGGGUGGAGAUACGAAUGAACGAACCCACCUCCUUGUGGAUCCUGUCAGCAACAACACUCCGGCUCAAAGGGCAAACAGUGACGACUUCAUCUCCCGCUACCCUAACUCGAUACCGAAGAAAACAGAUGAACAGUCUGCAUUGAGCAGGAUAUUACAAGAAACAGCUACAAAUGUAAUUGAUGUGGCUGCAUUAGAUUCACAUAAUUUAGAGCAGCAUGAAUAUAAAGAACGUUCUAAACAAUACCAGCAAAGGUUGUUGAUGCAAGGAUCAAGCCAGCGAUGGCAUUUGUCUGCACCCAGUCUCCUUAUUGAUAUACCUAUGCCAGAAAAGGUACUUGCAGCCCCACCUCUGAGCUAUGCAGACAUGGACAUGAUUUCACUACUUGUUCAAAAUGCCAACUUUGCAUUGGAAGAAUUGAAGGUGGAGCACAGAGAGGACCUUGUUGUGCCCUUCAGAAUCCCGUGAAAGACUCUUACAAAAUAAGGAUGCGUUCUUCUCUCACAUCUGAUGUGUUCCUGAGAAUGAAGGAGUCAUUUCUCACAGAUUUGUUGAAAUAUUAAGUCAUUUAUCUUAUAUAUAUAUUAUUUUGUAUAGAAAUGUCAAGCCAUAAAUUCUACCAUUUAUGAGUAGUGAAUGAUACUGAUGAAUCAUCAUUUGUGAUAUAAUCUAGGGUAAAUGGAAUGUGAAUUCUUUUGGGAAUACAUACAGACCAUUUGAACACCCUGCUCCAUGACUGAAUACAAAAAUUUUACUAGAGAAGCUCCCUAUUCACUUUGGUCAUCUUCGUUCCUUAUCUGUUUGAAUUCUAGGGAACUAUUUUUAACUUAAACAUUUUUAUAACACCUUUACAAUUAUCUUUUGUUAUGUGUGUGGGUGGCACAUGGAAUUUGUAACUGCAAAUUUUGGCUGUGGAAUUGUAUUUCUUUAAGCAUGUGGUGGGCAUUGGCCACAGCAUUACACAUGAAAUCAAUCUGUAAAAAGUUGAUUAGUAUGUAUUGCUUUUAACUAUUUGUUGGACAUUACCUCAUACUUCUUGUACUGUACAUUUUUCUUUUUGUUAUUUGACAGAAAAUAUGAACUUGUCUAUCCACUCUUGUGAGUUCAUCAGAAAAAUACAACUUUUCUUUAAUUUUACUACCGUUAAUAUGAAUGAAGAUAAUAAAAAAUCAUGCAGCA